AAUGUUCGUCCAACACGAUUAUAUUAUAUUAUAUAAAUGUUGACUUAGAUGUUUUGAACAUUAUAAUCCUGUAUUGUAUUCAUUAAAAAUAAUUCUAGUCAUAUUAUACGUAAAAUUACUAAUGUCUUUUAUCUUUCGUGCCGGCUUACAUUAUCAAACAAUGCAAUGGAAUUUUCAAACCAACUUAUGGAAUAUUCUGAUACCGAGUACUACAUAAUAUUGUGUAUUUUAAUUGUACCGGUAUAUUAUUUUUUUCAACUCUGGGCUUGGCUCGGCUGGGAGCUGUUUAAAAACAAUUGAUCUACUCAAGAAAAUAAAUUCUUUUUCAAAUAGUUCUGCAGAAACAGUCAAGCAUGGCCCAAAAGGAAUUCAUACAUGUCUUAGACAAAUGUUCCGAUUUCGAUGACCACCGUAAAGAUAUAAGAGAACAUGAGAAGAAUAUACCAAAUGUGUUCUCUGUGCCCAAGUGUGCAACCAAAUAUUCAGAUUUAUAUUUGUCGUUGGAAAAUGUAAAUGACAAGUUGUCCACGUCCAAUAACAAUCGUAAAGAUGUCAGAGAAUUUGAAAAGUCUAUUCCAAACGUGUUCACCAUACCGAAAAGCAAAUCUUUCGGUAUUUAUCCACUGUCAGUUGUGGAAAGAGACAACAAAAUUCCAAAUGUAUUUCAAGUUCAAAACACUCCGAGUUGUGCUACAACACCAAAUCCUAAAUAUGCGGCGUUUGUAGAAUACAUGAACGUGCACUGCAGAGUUUCAGAUCCCGAUAACGAUCGCAUCGAUAUAAGACAACACGAAAAGUACAUUCCAAACGUGUUUUCGUUGUCCAAGAGUAAUUCGUUCGGCAUUUAUCCGUCGUCGGCAAUGGAACGCGACAAAAAUAUUCAUAAUCUUUUUAAAAUGCAAAAAACCAUUAGCUACGAAAGUUUGUUGACCAACGAGAAAACUACAAAACGCUUCUAUGAGGACUUGUUUGCUUUACACAAGUCAAAAUCUGAAUCAUGGAAUUCCAGCGAUUAUUUUAAUCGGCCUAGUAGCAACGUCAAUUCUUCACAAAACGACUCAACGCAAGAUAAAUCAUUGUCUAAGAAAAAUGUAAUAGAGAACGACAUGAGCACGAUCAAAGCUAUGUGGUGCGUUAUGACAGCGAAGACAAUUCGAGGUAAUCCCAACAAGCCGUUUCCAGUUACAGAAAUCAAUACCAGUGUGAUGUUAAACGAUAUUAGACGAAUGCUUACCAAUCGAGGAACAGAAUAUUAUUUUGAGGACCCGGUAACAAAGAAAUUUAAAUUCAACGGAAAAUACAGCAUAUUUGGUCUGUCGCCAGACAUGCUUGAAAAUGUAUCGCCGAUUAUUUUGGAAUGUGCCAAUUUAUUUAAAAUAUUAUCUGCUUUUAAGGAAGAAUGGGAAGAAGACACAGACGAUAGUCUUCUCAAGGCCUUUAUGUUUGCCUUGUCACGAGUGCUUGCGGAUUACGAGAGAACUGUGUUUGCGGUUAAGGAUGAAUCUCUGUUGGCACUACUUGGCAGGUUGUCUCGGAUCGUAAUCGGAUUACGUACGUUAGCGGAAAUAUGUGAUUUGAAUAUAAAGGAUCGCAUUACUAUUUCUCCGCAAAAACCAUCUGCCGUUAAACUUAUUAACAAAGUGUACAAUUACUUAUCCAACUGUCAGUUGAGCCACAGUGUAUUCGUACGAAUGCUAAUAUAUAUUUUGGAUUAUUGCUGUAUGAUAUACUUCAGAAUGUUAUCCGAUUGGACAUUGAGAGGCGUUAUAAGCGAUCAACAUUGUAUGUUUAUUAAGUUGUAUUCGGACGAUAACACUGCACACCAAUCUCAAUUAGAUUCUGAUAAUGUUUUUAUCGAUGAAAACAUUGAAGUACCUGAUUUUAUGAAAAUAUUCAAAGAAUACAUUUUGACUAGUGGCCGAAGCGCUUAUGUGCUUAGCAAACUAAACGAUAUAGAGAUUUUUUCAACACCAACAUUGACGUGUUGUUUCGAUUAUGAGGAUGCCAAAAGAAGUUAUAUGAGUUCACUAGAAUUAUUCAAAUGCAGUUCAGUACCUCGUCGUAAAAAAUCUAUACGUAGAGCUCCCAACUUGUUCCGUGUACCUGAUUGGAAGAACGUUGAAAGAAACGAAUACGAUUUGCAUAAUCCGUAUGGGUUUUUCAUGGAAAGCGACAAAGUUUUAACAUACCACGGAAAGCCAAUCGACAUUCCUAGCUUACUGAAAAAUUUGCCGUACACCAUACUUAUACCGUCUCGCAUGUGCAAAAUAAACUGCAACCGACAAAUUCUGGAUAGGCUGUUCAAGCAAGAGACCCUACUGGACGAGCUACAAUAUCUGUCGCAGUGUUUCUUCUUGGUCAACAGUCGGUUUACAUCAAAACUAUGCGAGACCUUGUACGAAAGUAUGGCGAUUAACCGGCAAAACCCGCGCCGUCUAUUCAAUCAGAACCGACUUCGCACAAUCGUCGAUGACGCCAUUCAGUGUAGCUUCCCGUUGAAAGCAGAACACGGUUUUUCAUUAAAGAUGCCUGACGAUGCUGUUUUAGAUGAUCCUACUAACAUAAAGGACGUGGAAUGUAUCGAACUCGAGUACGAGCCGAAAUGGCCGAAAAGCAUUAUACUCACGGAGAAAAUGAUAGUAAAGUACAAAAUGCUAUUUUUGUUUUUAAACAAGUUGGAGUAUGUUACUUGGUGUUUGUCGAAAGUCAGAGAAAUACUUAGCGUGCACAAAAACGACGUCGGACUGCAGUUCAGACAGAUAAACCUUUUCAAACAUUCCAUGGUCCAAUUUACGACAUCAAUGCAUCAGUACUUCAAACAAGUUGUGAUAUCAGAAUGCUGGACUAAGUUUGACAAAAGGGUGGAACAAGUGGAAGAUGUGUUCGAUUUAUAUUCCGCCUAUAAAGAGUAUAUGCACGAACUUUUACGCAGAUGUUUCAUGGUCGUGGGGCUCAAAGACAAAUUGACCCAUCUGAACAAAAUCUACACGGAAAUACUGAACUUUUAUGAGCUGCUCCAUGCCGGCUACUUUCAUUGUAGUGACUUCCAAUGGGUUCACACGGACUACGACGAAAUCGAAGAGACGUAUUUUCGGUUUUCGAAACUCAGGAGAAAUUUCUACGAAGGUCUUAAGAAAACCGCUGUAUCAGCAACUAGCAAACACAGUACCGAUAGCAACUUACAUAGUUUGAUUAUCAUACUAGGCCCGUAAUAAAUAUUUUCAUCUGAAAUAACAAACGACCCGCUCAGAGAGAUAUUGUCAUAUUGAACGUACGCUAUGUACGAGUAUUAAUCUAACCGUAUCAGUUGUGUGUGUGUGUGUGUGUGUGUAUUGGUUUUGUCCUCUUAAUAUUUCUAUAUUUAAGAAAUAAUAUUAUGUUCAAUUGCUGUUUUUUUUUCUCAAGAACAUAAAUGUAUAUUAUUUAAAUAAUUGUAUUUACAUUAUUUAUUAUUAACGUUCCGAAAACACUGUAUUCGUAUUUCGUUUUCGCCGUCCGCCCCACUAGUCGUCGGUCGGUCAUAAUAGUCAUUGUAAACCAGGAAUAGUAUUGCAUUUUUAUAAUUUUUUUCUUUCAUUUUGCGUGUCCAUAUUAUAAGCUAGCUUUUAGUAUACAUUUUACAUGUUUUGAGUGUUUUAUUCGAAUUCACAUUUAUUGAAAUAAUUUUCAAAAUUAUUCGGAAUCGUUUAAAAAUGAUUUCAAGAAAUGUAAUAUUCCAUAUUUAUUUUUUAAACACACUGACAUUAAAUUGUCUUUUUUAAUUUAUAUUUAAAUAUAAUAAUAAAAAAAGAUAAAUCAGUUAAUUCAUAAAUUUUCAAACAUAUACUUUAAAAACUAUUCGUUUUCUUAUUUUUUUUUAACUGUAUUUGUGUUAAUUGCACUGUAUUGAUAGAAUGAACGUACCUAUUCCUGAAAAAAAAAACAAUUGGGACACUAGUCAGCCCCUUCUCUAAUUCUGUCACUGCAUAAAAUAUUUACACUCUUAACGUAAUAUUUAGUUAAGUAAGUUAUAUAACGAUUGUAUAGAUAUUAAGUGUGUAUACUAUAUAAUAUAUAAGAGAUGUUUACGUUGCUAGUAAACAUCUGAAUCGGUCAUUUGAGAAACGCCUGAAAUUUAAAUUUUUACAGAAUAAGAGAAAAACUUUAUCCGCCAACACAGGCAGGGAGAAAUCGUUUGAAAACACAUAAUAAUUUAUUAGACAAUUUUUUUAAAUAUUUAUUUCAUUAGCAAAACUUUGAAAUCAAAUUGACCGGACUUGAGUGUUUCUUUAAGGAACUGUAUUCUAUUUGAAACGUCAUAAGACGGGACUAAUGUUAAACGGAAAAUCCAAAUCCCUAUUUAGAAAGUCAGUAAACCUCGUGACAAGAGGUAUUUCUUCUUUCUUUUAAACGCUUUUAGCUGAAAUAGUGACUUAUGGACUUUCACAAAUGACCGAUUCAUUUAAAACGAUAAUAGAGUGUCCAAUACUUAUGAUUUUAGCGUUUGA